CCUGACCGGAAGGGGCGGGUCCCAGACGGCUGUACUUCCGAUAUUCUACGCCGCUCUCUCCCUUGGACUGAAUGACGUCACGGACGGCUGAGAUAGGCGGGGCCCGUUCCUGCGCGCCGGGGUUUUCUCAGUGCUGAGGCUUCAAGUGCUGGAAGCCAUGUGACUCGGGGCAGCCAGGGUGUGACCCAGUGGCCAGCAGGGAGGCGGGGCAUCUGUUUCUCAUGGUCUAAUGUCAGCACCAAGCCCCCAGCAACUGGUGGCAGCCGCCCGGCGGACCCUGGGCCCUGGAGGGAGAACACCGGCCCGAGCUGCCUGCUUGCACCUGGCUGCAGAGGUGCUGGCGGUGGCCAGGGGGCUGAAGCCAGCUGUGCUCCAGGACUGCAGCUGUGCGGGGGCACCAGCGCUCCAGAGCUACCUGGAGGAACUCCAGAGGCUGGGCUUCCCGACCCGGGCUUUGCACAUCCUUGAGGUGGGAGAGAGCGUCCUAGUGGUCAGUCUCGAGCAUGUGCGUGAGCGCCUGAAGCAGGCGCUGUGUGGGGCUGUAGUCCUUGUGGACGUCUCCAAGUCCCAGCCCCACCCGUGCGUGUGUGCAGUGGAGCAGCGUCAGGACGUGAAGGCCCUCCUGGCCCAGAUCUCCGCUCACUUUGAAGGGCUGCAGAGGGACGGGUCCCGAGGAGCCUCCCCCAGCCAGCUGCCCGCCUCACACUGGAACCUCUGCACUGCCUUUGGGAUCCUCUUGGGCUAUCCUGCCUCUUACACGUUUCGCCUGGACCAGGGAGAUGACAACUGUCUAGCCUUGACCCCACUGCGCAUAUUCACUGCCCAGAUGUCAUGGCUGCCAGGUCACCGCACAGUGCGCCUCUAUUCCUUUAGUGUCCCGGAGAGUUUAGUCCCAGCCCUGAGAGGUGUUUUGAGUUCCUGGGAGAAGGACCUCAGAGCCCGGUUUACAAUUCAGAAUGACUUUGCUGACCUCAACAUCUCCUCAGAGGUAGUCACUCUGCCUGCUGUGGCCCUCUGACUGCUUCUGCCUGUGGAGAAGGUGUUCCAUACGUGCCUGUCCCUGGCCAAAGAUGCAACCAGAGUCAUCCCAAGUGUCCCAGGAAGAAUGCUGCCCUAUCAAUCGACUCUAUAUGUGAACAGGGCUGGGGGUGCUGACAGUAGUGGUUUCUGUUUCUGUUCCAGGAGCUCCUCUGGACCUAGCAGAGGUGCCUAGCCUAGUUUUCACUGACUAUGAGAUAGAAGGAAGGAGACACUGGGGAAAGGCAGAUUGCGGAGGAUAAACAGUACACCCUUGGGUGGUGGCCUGCCCCAAGCACAGAGUGCCUCACUGGAAAGGAGGACUUUGUGUGUUUGCGUAUUUAUAUCCCUCUCAUUGGAUUAGAACACUUGGUCACAUGCUUAAGUGUCAGGCUGUGAUGUACCUUUUAGGAAUAAACAGUUCAAGGAAUA